UGAGGGAGAGUUCAGUUUGUGUUACGUUGUGAAACAGUGCGGUAUUGAACGGCAAUCGGAAAAUUGUUCAUCCACUAGAGAACGAAACGCUUUAGCUUACCGAAUAUACGGCGCUCGGCAUUCAAUCGAUCCGAAGUAGGGCCAGAUAACACUGAACGUAAGAAGAAAGUAAUCUAUCGCGCCGCACAAUCGACGACAAAAGUUGUUCACAGCAUUCAAUUUUACAAAACACGAAAAGAAGGAAUAAAAACAAAAGUGAAUCGGUUUAUUGAGAAAUAUCUGAAUAGAAGAAUAGGAAUAUUUUACUUAUCUGUGUGUGUAAAACGAAUCGAAUUCUCAGUGAUAAGAAUACAAAGACGAGCAAGUGAAACAGUCGCCGUAGACAAGAAUCGGUCGAAUUUGGGUGUGAAAAGACAAAAGAAGAUAAUUCGAAAUCGACAAGUCUUUGGAGACUUGGGUGAAACGAGCACCCUACAACCGUCUCUGCUAGAGAGAGAGAGAGAAAGAGCGCGAUUUUUGAAUUUAACUGCUUCCACUAUGGCCACUAAUACGGAAAUUCUACCCUUCCAUCAUCAGACUACAUUGUCACUGCAGACGGCCGCCGCACUAACAAAUUACCAUGGAGGCGGUGGUGGGGGCACGAGUGGCCUACCGACAGCCACACAGUUGGCUGCCGCAGCCUGGAGUAUGGAGGAUCACCUUUACCAUCAGACAGAGUUGCCCGGCCUCACACGAACUGCUCAUCAUCUGCUACGCUUCACCCCGUACGCACUGCAUCAUCGCCCCCAGCUGCAAACAUUGCCACCCGCGUUGUAUCUCCAGCAUGCGGCUGCAGCAGCCGCUGCGGCGGCCGCAGCUGCAGCACAUGCGCAGCACCAUCACCACCACCACCACAUGCAACAGAGACCAGCCUCGCCGGAAAGCCCCCCGCCUGUCGAGGGCCUGCAAAUAACGAAUUUGUUCCCCGAAAUAUUGGAAAUGAUUUUCGACAAGUUGUCGGUCAAGGAUCUGGGAAGAGCCGCACAGGUGUGCACAACAUGGCGGGAUGUCGCCUACUCCAAGAGCAUAUGGAAAGGUGUUGAAGCCAAGCUGCAUCUGAAGCGAUCUAGUCCCAGCCUCUUCAACUGCCUAGUUAGGCGUGGCAUUAAGAAAGUACAGAUUUUGUCAUUGCGGCGAUCGCUGAAGGAUCUGGUCAUGGGAGUUCCGGCAUUAACUUCGUUAAAUCUCAGCGGCUGCUUCAACGUCGCCGAUGUCAAUCUGGGUCAUGCAUUCUCCGUUGAUUUGCCCAAUCUGAAGGUUUUGGACCUUUCGCUAUGCAAACAGAUUACAGAUACAAGCUUGGGCCGCAUCGCCCAGCACCUGAAGAACCUUGAAACCCUGGAACUCGGUGGCUGUUGCAAUAUCACCAAUACUGGACUCCUGCUGAUUGCGUGGGGUCUCAAGAAACUAAAACAUUUAAAUUUACGUUCCUGCUGGCACAUAAGUGACCAAGGCAUUGGCCACCUUGCUGGCCUCAACAAGUCCACGGCAGAGGGCAACCUGGAGUUGGAGUAUUUGGGUCUUCAGGACUGCCAGCGAUUGAGCGACGAAGCUCUGGGUCAUAUAGCACAAGGUCUGACGUCACUAAAGUCCAUCAACCUAAGUUUCUGCGUCUCCAUAACCGACAGUGGUUUGAAACACCUGGCGCGAAUGCCCAAACUAGAGCAACUGAAUCUACGUUCCUGUGACAACAUUUCCGACAUCGGCAUGGCUUAUCUCACCGAGGGAGGCAGUGGAAUUACUUCCCUUGACGUAAGCUUCUGCGACAAGAUCAGCGACCAGGCCCUGACUCACAUCGCACAGGGUCUCUACCGACUGCGCUCCCUGUCGCUGAACCAAUGCCAAAUAACGGAUCAAGGAAUGCUCAAAAUUGCCAAAGCCCUGAAUGACUUGGAAAACCUCAAUAUUGGUCAGUGUUCGCGAAUCACCGACAAAGGUCUGCAGACGUUAGCGGAGGAAUUGACGAACCUAAAAACGAUCGACUUGUAUGGCUGCACUCAACUAUCUUCAAAGGGCAUCGACGUGAUCAUGAAGCUGCCCAAAUUAGUCAAGUUAAAUCUGGGCCUGUGGCUUGUGAGAUGAUGUGCUUCAACCCACCAAACCGGAGACAUCCUAAAGCACAGGUCAGCGGCCGCAGUCAAACUACUUUACCAUCACCCCGACCAAGAUGUGAAGCAUCACGCCUAUGCUUUUGAUGCAUUUCGGCCAAGGAACUACGACGAACACCAUCAUCGGCACCAACCCAGGGAUGCAACUAGGCAAUGUACGCUGCCGUCGCCGACUUACCGUAGGGAUUCUACUCCAACGAACUGACGCGCCAUUUGCCAGCAAGCAAAUACUUUUCUCCCCUACUGCGCUAAAGAAUGACAACAAAACAUGUCGGCCGUCCAGCAUCCGACACACACACAAACACAAUCGACGGCAAGAGGGGAGCCUACGGAGUAAACGAACGCCUCGCACCAUGGCGUCGGCGAUGACGAUGCGUUUUUCCCGGAAUUCCAAUCCAGAAUUACAAAAGGGCGUAAAUAAACUCGACUUGGCUUGGCUCCGUUCGACUCAUUCUAGCCAUUGCGCCAGGGCCAUUUAACACGGACACACACACACACACACACAGUCAUCACACAGCCAAACAAAUCCAUACUCAAACCCAAAUUCACCAGGGGCCACCAGGGCGAGCCAACCAGCCACUAGCUAACCAUCGAUGAAUAUCUUUCGAGCCGUAUACGAACAAUAUAAGUUUAGCUUUUAUUUCUUUAA